AUGGCAGCAAACGACAUCUUCCUUCUCUUUGAGUCCGCGCCAGGGCUCCUCCUCGCCCGCGUCAAGGGCUGGGACCAGAUAGCGCAACACGCGGACGCCGUCCAGGAGGCUUGCCUCGACUUUGCGCGCUUUAAGCAAGUCGUGGAAGUUGUCGCGUUCCACCCUUUUUCAGAUGCCGAGGAGGCGAUGGAAGUGCAGCUCGCCAUCACCGGCGGCACCAGCUGCCCAACUCUGGUGAACUUUCUCAACUUCAACUUGCCCUCUUCGCUCAAGAAGAAGAAGAGCGACGAGGCCGCGGAGGGCGCCUCGAAGAGCGCUGUCGGCGUCUGCGACCCUGCACUGGGCAAGAGUCUGGCGGACGCGGGCUUCCAGAUCGUCUUCAACUCCAACAUUCAGGAGUUGCACCGCGGCUGCCGUCAGCACAUGAAGAAGCUCGCGAAGCAGCUCGGAGAGCUGCCGAUCGAGAAGUUCCAGGUCGGUCUAGGCCACAGUUACAGCCGCUCUAAGAUGCAGGAGGACCCGCGCAAGCAGGACAAACCCAUCAUGCAGUCCAUCGCCCUCCUCGACAGCCUCGACAAAAACAUCAACGCCUUCGCCAUGAAACUCAAGGAAUGGUAUGGAUGGCACUUCCCCGAACUUGUGAAAAUCGUCGGAGACACCGAGGUCUACUGCCGCGUCCUCAAAGUCGUCCAAGUGAAGGAAAAAUUCGACCCCGAGGCUCAGGCGGACGAGCUCUUGGAGGCGUGCGGCGGCAGCGAAGAGAUCCGCGACGAAGUUGUUGCGGCAACCAAGCACUCAAUGGGUCAGGAAGUCGGCGAGUCGGACUUUGUUAACAUCGUCCGCUUUGCGGACCAGGUGCUGCGUCUCUGCGAACAGCGCAAGAGUCUGCAGGACUACCUCGCGACUAAGAUGGACUUUGUCUCUCCGAACUUGAAAGCAGUCGUCGGCGAAGUGCUGGCGGCCCGUCUCAUCUCCCACGCCGGCGCGCUGGUCAACCUCGCCAAGUACCCCGCCUCCACGAUCCAAAUUCUUGGCGCCGAAAAGGCUCUGUUUCGCGCGCUCAAGUCGAAGAACGGCCGCACGCCCAAGUACGGGCUGCUGUUCCACUCCUCCUUCAUCGGGCGCGUUCAGAAGCAGCAGCACCGUGGCCGCAUGAGCAGAUACCUCGCCUCGAAGUGCGCCUUGGCGGCUCGUAUCGAUGCGUUCGGGGAUGACGCGGACGAGAAGGGCGUCGGCGCGGACGGCGUGCGCUCCAACAUCUACGGUUUGAAGCUGCGCGAGCAGCUCGAGGAGAGACUGAAGUAUCUCGCCGACGGCAUCGUUCCGCGUAAGAACUUGGAUGUCAUGCGCGAGGCCGCCUCGGAGUUGCAGAGUCAGGCGACCGCGGCCGCAUCCGAGAAGAAGAAAAAGAAGAAGAGAAAGCACGAGGACGCCGAGGAGGCGGAGGAGGAGGCGAACCCGCUGAUGGACGCCGAGGGCGAGAAGAAGAAGAAGAAAAAGAAGAAGCACGCGCAGGCGGAGGAUGCGGAGAAUGAGUUCGAUGAAGACCUCGCGAUAGAGAAGAAGAAGAAAAAGAAGAAGAAGGACAAGUCACACAAUGACUUGUAA